GUGAGCCAAACAUUUAGUAGCGGACCGGCUCCGCUGCACGCCGCGCGUCCUGCCACUUCGACACGCGCCGUAACCUUCCGAGCGACGCGGUCACGCUCGGCAAUCAGUGAAAACUACUACAAAACACCAACCGUGACGGAAAACUUAUAAAAAAAAUUAAAAAAUGACUAUGUUUUUUUAAUAAACGUUGUGUUUUGACUUUGAAACAAACUUUGGAUGUUUUUGAAUGGAUUUUGAGUAGAUGCUGUAUGAUUGGCAGCCGCCAUGGAUAACUACUCGGAAGAGGCUUUGUUCGAAUACAUUACAUAUAACUCCUCGACGACGAGUCCUGUUCCCGAGCUGGAAUCAUUGAGCAUUAUAAUCCCAGUGAGCGUGGCCUACGCCUUGAUAUUCAUAGCUGGUGUGCUGGGUAACAUAAGCACGUGCGUCGUGAUUUCCCGCAAUAGAUCGAUGCACACCGCUACAAAUUUUUAUCUAUUUUCCCUGGCCAUAUCAGAUUUAAUUUUGCUCAUAUGUGGACUACCCAUCGAACUGUAUAAGAUGUGGAAUCCAGGAGAAUAUCCCUUGGGAGAAGGGCACUGCGUUGCGCUGGGACUGGCGUCGGAGAUGGCAGCCAACGCGACCGUACUGACCAUUACUGCCUUUACCGUCGAGCGAUACAUCGCCAUCUGCCGCCCGUUCAUGUCACACACCAUGACGAAGCUGUCCAGAAUAAUACGAUUCAUUAUAGCGAUUUGGGUUGCUGCUGUGGUCACUGCAGUGCCGCAAGCGUUACAAUUCGGACUAGAGAUAUCUUAUAUAAAGAAUUAUAAGACUGUUGCCUGCACCGUGAAGGGAGAAGGGGUUCAUCAUGUUUUUAUAAUGUCCAGUUUAUUUUUCUUCGUACUACCUAUGACGAUUAUAUCGGUGCUGUAUGCGCUAAUAGCGGUGAAGUUGCGCACGUCGUCAGUGCUCAAGGGAAAGAAACCGUCAGUGGACAGCCAGGAGCGCAACGCGACCGGGACGCCCAGCCGGUACAGAAACGCUAAAGCCCAGAGAAGGGUCAUCCGAAUGUUAGUGGCUGUCGCCCUCUCGUUCUUCGUGUGCUGGGCGCCGUUCCAUGUGCAGCGGCUGCUGGCCAUGCUGGGCAAGAAACUGCACCCGACCCCUCCUCACUUUUACCAGGCCUACCUCGUGCUGACGUGGACGUCCGGAGUCCUAUACUACCUUUCCACAGCUAUAAACCCAUUUCUGUACAGCAUAAUGUCUAAUAAAUUUCGAAACGCUUUUAAGGUGACAUUUUCCGGGUUCUGCAAGCGUGGCACCGGACAGCGCGACUACAGCGCCGUGCAAGCGUUCCGUGCCAAGCGCGCCGCUUGCCCGUCGGAGCAGCACCCGCGCCGCUUGCACCGCCUCAACACCGCCUCCACUCAGCUCGAUGCGCCGUCCCGAGCGCAGGAUUUACUGCGACUAUCACCAUAUGCACCAUUUGGACUCGCACCGAUUUUCCACCACAGAUAAGCUAGGUAAGCUAAGCUACGUGGCUAUAUAUUUCGAAUACAUCAAUAACAUCCAUUUUUUCACUGGAGAAAAUACUUACAUUUUAAUUCAUUCUUCGAAUCGCACCUGAAAAUAUUGACUGGUGCGCUUAACGAAAUUAUUAAGGUGCGAUUUCAAAUGGUGUGCUAAACGGAAUACCGACUUCGAUAUUUUCACGGUGUCUCGUCGUCCAAAGUCGGACUAUACACUGAUGAUUUCAUUCCGCAAAGGAAAACAUUUUAUCAGUGCGGAAAUGUGGAAGAUUUUUUAUACCCUGUAGCAAAAUGAGUACCUACUUAUAACAUUUUCCUAUAAGUGGUAUUUUGUAGACAUACUCGUAAAUCCAAAACAAAAGACGGCAUUUAUAUUUGUUAAUAUUUACGACAAAUGUGGAUUACAUAGUACAUAUUUGUGUGUCAGAUUUAAGUAUGUUUAUUUUAUAGAAAAUAAAUGACGAAAUGUCCAGAUUAAAAAUCAGUAGGUAGGUACAAAAGCGGUAUGUCCUGUUGUUAUACAAAAUUUAAACAAGAUCCUAAAUAGAGCCUACAAAAGGAUCCUUUCCAUGCCAAUAAAGUGUCAAACAGUAGCGAUAUAAUAAAAAAGUAUACAAAAUAUGUUAGAUUUUUCAUAACAUAUUGGAAAUUUGGAACACAUCAAACAUUGAUUUAAAUUUAAACUGUUGGAGCCAUAAGUGUUUAUUCUGUUUCAUAUUCUUGUAUAGUUGUAUGUCUUACGUACCUAUUUGAAAUUACUAGUUAGAUGCUCAUAUUUAUAUUACCAAAACCUAUUUUUUUUAUUAUACUGUUUCGUUGUUGUACUUUAAUUGUUAUGCUGUUUAUUUUUAAUAUCGUGUAGUAAAAUAUAUUUGAAAAAAAAAAAGAGAAUGUCUUACUGAUCCCCUAGCAAGUUUACAAAAGCCACGUUUUAAAAUUUAAAAUAGACCUAGAAUUUUCUCCAGAUAUAGAUUUAUUUGUUGACUUUCGAUGCCCUAAUUUAACUUAAAAUUAGGUAGUAUUUAAAAUAGCAUCAAAAUCCGUACACCGGGAAAAAAAUAAGCAAAAUGUCCUAGAUCACUUUUAAGAUUGUGUACCGUACCGACUUUAUAGACGGUGUUCCGUACUUCGCAACUUUUGAUGUUUGUAACAACUUUAUUGUGCGAAUAUUAUGUACAUAAAUUAAUAAAGAUUGUACUUGUUAAUUGUACAUAACGUAACCUUAUCCCUUGUAGGGAUUUCUAUCUAGUCUAAUGAUCAUCACAACAUAACUUUUGAUAUAACAAAUAGCAGUCAUAUAUGUAGGUAAGUACCUUGUAUAACCAGUUUUUUUUCACAUAAAUAUAUUUUCAAUGUCAGAUAUUGCAUUCAUUUUGUUAUUUUACUUAUAUAAAACACGAAUAAAUAAGCAUUAAGUAGGUGGUUUAUUAAGCUGUCACACAUUCCAAUAUCAUCCGGGUCCAUAAAAAUCUAGAUUUACUCGUCUCUUACUAUAAAUAUAUUUUAGAAAUAGCUAACUACUGCUAGGCUACAGCGGUUCUCAAACUUUUUUAAGAUGAAAGCCUGAGCAUUUUACGGAGCCCUGAAUUAAAACUUGUAAAAUUAAACUUGUUUUAUGAGUAUGACGUAACAGUUGACACUUAUUUCCAUGAUGUAAAGUUAACAUUUUGUAGAUUUAAAUAAUUACUUUGUAAAAUUUAAUUUAUUCAAUGUAAAUUGUUCAUAUUUCGAGGAAAUUAAUCAAAUAUUUCUUUUUUCUUCAGUGUACUGUAGGUAUUUGUUGUCGAUAUGACUAACAUAUUUUGGAGCCACAAAAUAUGCCUUGCGGAGCACACUUUGAGUAUAGCUGAUUUACUAGCUGCGCCCAGGGGCUCUGCCCUAGUCAUUAUUUCAGUAAAAAGUACCAUAAGUGCUAUAUAAUCACUUUAUAUUUUAUCCGUGUAGGUACCAAAUUUCAUCGAAAUCCAUCCAACAGACACACAUCCAAACAUUAGAAUUUGUUUCUGUGUAUUCUACAUAUUAUUUAUACUCCUAGGUAAGGUAGUUUUGAUGAAAAAGUGUUCAUUGUUACAGUUCAUAGCGUUCAAGCUCAAAUUCUAUAAAUAUAAAUAAAUAUAUUAAGACAAAUCACACAGAUUGAGCUAGCCCCAAAGUAAGUUCGAGACUUGUGUUACGGGAUACUAACUCAACGAUACUAUAUUUUAUAAUAAAUACAUAUGUAGAUAAACAUCCAAGACCCGGGCCAAUCAGAAAAAGGUCAUUUUCCAUCAUGACCCGACCGGGGAACGAACCCGGGACCUCGGUUCAGUGGCAAGAACUUUACCACCAAAAUAAAUCCUUAGUGAGAUUAUUCGAAAAUCGAUCGCAAAAGGCACGCAUGCCUUUAAGCAACAUUAAAAAUCUGACAAAAGUGUGGUACACACAUGAAAAGAAAGGAAGAUUUAAUGCUGCGACAUCGGAAACCUCGCCAUUAUCGCGAAAACGAGGGUGUUAAUUCGGCUGUCGUGGAAUAUAAUAUUUCAAAUAAACCCGUAAAAUCUGCAUAAUACUAGGCGUCGGGUUGGGAUUGUAGGCGGUAGGCUGUUGGGAGCUAGAAUUUAUUGCGCCAACCGCUGCAAUCUCCCUGCCUUGCGUAUAACGACGAAUAAGUUUUAGCUAAGAUGAAUAUUUCAUCCUAAUGCCGUUUUUUCUUUAUGGCUGUAGUUUAUUGCAUAUUACUACAGCAGAUAAUGGAGAUGAAUUUCAUUUCCACGAUCAUCACCUAUUCGCAUUUCAAUAUUACAUGUGCCAAAAUAAUACACUGUACCUAUUUACAAUGAUGAAUCCAUAUCAAGAUUGUCAUCAGCUUUAUUGCAUUAUUUUUUAGUUCACUAAGUCAAUUUUUUAGCAUUAUUUAUGCAUUAGAAUAUUGGUUGAGGCAAAAACCAGAUACUUAUGUUAAUUACUAUGGAUGGAUAAAAUUCAAUAAAUCGUCAAUAUGGAUCCAGCCGGCGAUCGACAAAAAACGCGUUCGGAUAAUUUAAUGUAAUUGUUUUGUUUUUGCGAAAACACAUUUUAAGUUAGGAAUUACCACAACGACGGCAAACAUCAAUAGGUCGGGCAUCGAAUCGGAAAUUCCGUUUGAAGUAAUCGUCUUAGAACUCUGAAAAAACUAAUAAUUGCUAAGUUUCCUUUUGAAUAAAUUAUAUAAUGAAAUGUUUACGGCUUGGUAAAAAAAUGUGAUAAAGAGCAAGUUCAUCAUACAGUGUCGUACGGUGACGGCCGAGUGAGUAUGCAAGUAUUUUUUUUAUGUAGAGCUUCGUAUACGGUUGCUGUUUGCUAGUGCGCGUGUAAAUUACGGCAUGAUUUGUAGAUUGAAUAAUUUUUGGGUUAAAAAUAGAAGUAUGAUAGUCGACUAAACAUAUAGUACAUAUGUACGUAUACAUAUAAUUAUAUCGCUACUUUUUGCCUUAUUCUAUGUUUUUGCCUUAUGGUUGUUUUAUUAUUGUAACAUGAUAACCAAGAGAAGGCGAGUGUUUUGAUAUGGUGAAAUAAACUAGGUAUAAAUAAAAUGCAAGUACGGUCAAGUAUCUAAGUAAUUAGAAAACCAAUAUUAUAAAACAAACAAAAAAGGUUAAAAGUAAGCAAUAGUUACUGGAUAAUUAAAUAAUAUUUUUAAACAACCAAACAUGAUAAUUUAACAUGUACUUGAUUUAUUAAUUUUAGGUUCAACUUUAAAUACACUAUUGCUUUUGACUCCGAAAUAGUGGCGUCAUUGUUAUAAAAGUUUCAUAUACUUAUACUAUAUAAAUGAUUAUAUUAGACAUUUACAAAAAAGUACCUGAUUUGAUUUUGUUAGUAGCUCAAUAUAUUGUAUGUCAGGUUUAAAGGUUUCGUUAUGCUGAAACAAUAAAUAUUAACACACUUUGAUUAGAACAAAAUAAUCAGUAUGAUUUCAGUAUUUUAAUUUCAGCUUGGUGCUUAAUUCUAAUUCAUUACAAUCAUUUAGAUAUAUAAUAUUAGAUUAAAAGGGCCAGUUUUGUGACAAGAAUAAUGCCUUCAUGAUUCGUAGCUGGUGUGAUUUGGAAACAAUGUCACACCAACAUGCCGUCAUGUAGCUCCAGUGAGAGACUCCAAUUAUUAUCAACAUUUAAUUGUAUUAAUUAAUGUCGACUAAUUUACAAUAUAAUUUUACUCAGAUGAUUUGCGCUAGAUUGCAGCAUUAAUAUAAGACGUAAACAGUGUAUCUUCCCAACAACUCUUCCGAAACAUGAUCGAUGAUAUUGACUUGUGCACCAUGGCAACGGGUGAUUUUGUCAGUGCUGCCAUUGGCAACGUGUGGUUUUGUCGGUGCUUGUCUUUUAGAAAUUAAAUUUCAGUAUUUUAGAAAUCAAAAACCCAGAAAAAAUUCAAUUCCAUUAAUAUAAUUUGGCUUUUUUAUUUAAGUAAUUGAAAUAAAACUCAUUCUUUAUGUAUCUCUAUAAUUAAAAUGAAGUCAAAGUCGCAAGAGCAUUUAUUCAGAAAUAGACCUAUAUGUGUGUGUCAUAAUAUAUAAGCAAUUGAGGGUAUUAGAAAUACGUAUUUUUUACAGUUUCGUGGAGAGGAACGCAGCAGUGUAGAGGAGCAUUCCUCUUGGUUCAACACCUGGAGCUGGAACCAGCGGCAGUCGUCCACCACCUGCGACUCGCCCGCCACCAUCUCCAACACCAGUCUCAGGGAGCUCGCGCAGGAGAUGUCCGGAGCCGAGAUGGUGGUGUUCAUGCACGAAGUGAAUCGAGAACUUGGACUCACUUGAACCACUUCUCACCCGACUGAGGUUGAAAGCCCAGUUAGGAACGGCAUUUGUACUUUAAGUCUCUCACAGAUUAUAUUACGCCCGCGGCAUUUUGAAAUAUCGAUGUUUGAUGUGUCCAAAUAAUAUUUGAAAUGUAAUACAUACUCGAAUAUCAGAGUAUGGAACAUUUAUUUGCCUACAGCAAAAAUAAAUCGAAAAAUAAAAAAAAGUUACAUCUGAUAAAAUUACAGGUUUAAUAUAUAAUACCUCUGGUUUGUGUGUCUGCCAAAUGUAAAUCAGUGAAAUGUAUAGUAAAAUAUAAGCAAGUCCAUGUAAAUUUAAAUAUUUAGCGGUUUUUGAGAGACGUUAUAUGGAGAUCGUUGCAUGCACAUUUAAGGGUGAUUUUCUUCCGUGAAAAAUGUCAAAAAUGUAAAACAAUAUCUUUUGCUGAAAUAUAUGCUGAGUGCCCAUUAUAUGGUCUAUACCAAUAUUAUGUUAUAUCUAUAUAAUUACAACUGCAACCGUACACUUAUAUAUCCUAAAAGAAAAAUAUAUCCUUGCAAAAAGUGUUCGCGAUAUAACAUAAAACAAAUAGUUUUAUGCAACCGUCUAUAAGAAACAUUUAUCUACAUGAAUGCAUGGAAGAUUGGUCUAAGUUCCGAAUAGAAAAAAGGCUGCAGUUGAUACUUAAUUCGACAAACGUUUAGCUUUUUCCCAUCUUUUCAAUUUUUUCUUUUUAAUAAAAUUCAGGACAUAAGCUCGGAAUUAAGCUCGGAACUCAUCUUUUCAUGAUUGUAAAAUGACAAAGAAAGAAUAAGGAAACAAAAAAAAAAUGCAUUUCUAUUUCCAUUUGAAUCUAAAAUAUCCUUGGGUUUGUAACAAAUAUAAAUUUCAAGAGCUCAUAAUACUUUAAUAUCAUUAACUCUUAACUAAUUUUAGAUUCGAAUUCUUUAGAUUUGGACAUCUUCGAUCCAAUGUAGAUUGAAUGAAAUACAUUCGUCGUUAUCCCUAAAUUGUAUUUGUUGCCCCUAUGGGCAAAAAUUUUUAUCUAUAUAAAAGAAAUAUUAAUUAAAUGUAUUAUCUAGUGUGUUGUUGCCCCUCCAUUGACCGAAUAGAUCCUUCCCAAGAUAAAUUCGUCAUUGUAUAUGUAUUUUCCUUGACUGAUUACGUUUUUUAUGUUUACAGGAUCACAAGUAAAUAAAAUCUUGUAUUAUAGAGUGGGUGACAAGCCUAUAAUACAUCUAGUGAUAUAAGUAUUUCCACAAUCCCAUGAUUAUAAUAACGAGAAAUAACAUUGUCAGUGUCACUCAUUUUGUUGAGUGACAAGCAAGAUAAACUAAUGGUGUAUGUCUGAAAACCAUUUUGAGUUUUUUUACCAUUUAACAACCCCAGAACAAGUUUACUGAAAAAGUUGUAAAAGAAUUUAAUGACUUGCGAAAUAAAGCUUGUAAGUGAUGCUGUAAAAAACUUGGAGAUCUUGAUGGUUGAUUUUAAAAUUACGAACCAGCAGCCAGAUAAUAAACAUUAGAUUUGAUAUAAUUAUACAUCAUUUGUUUCGAUUUGAUUUUCCUUUAUUAUCGAGUGUGUUAUUGCUUACUUGUAUCAGACCAACUGACUUUUAAUUAAGUAAAAGUAAUAAACAAAUACAUAGCAAAGUAAAGCAAGCAAAAAUCUAAUUAUCUAAAUAAAAUAAUAAAACUACUUACUAAAUAUCUGAAUAAAUAUAUGGCCGCCCUAGACCUAAUGUUCUGUGUGCUUAGAGAAAAUCCGCCUGUGGUGACAACUCACACUGAUGAGAGCAUAACUCUAAUGCUUCUACUUUCUAUAUUUAAAAAGGAAAGUAUAUAUAUAUAUAUAUAUAUAUAUAUAUAUGAUGAUAAAUAGAUGUGAAACACAAUUAACUUACAUGAAAAUAUACGAGAAACGAGAUGACCAGUUCCCUCUGGCAGCACCCGUUCACGAGUUGACGCAUGGGACAGCCAUCGCGUAGCUCAACCAUAAUAGAGUGAGCAUGACACACUCAAUUCCCAUGACCUCACAAUUACAAAUCUUAUUCGUCCGUUAAUAGAAGUACAACAGAGUUUUUUUUUUUCAAAUAAAAUUUAAAUGUCAAAAUUUAUGAUUUAUUAUAACAAAAAUAAAAAUUAUGAAUAAAAUAAUAAAAAACAGUAAAAUAAAAAUUAGGAGAUCAUGUGUGGAGUGGCAAAGUUGUCGGGAGGAUGCAUGCGUUUUUAUCAGUCAAAUAGACGUUAAUUGUGUAAUACGCUUUAUCCAUAAAAUUUUUCUUAACAUAAGUUUUAAAAUUUUUCAGAUUAAUUUUUCAGAUUUUGGCAGAUUAAUAGCCUCUGCAGGGAGUUUAUUGAAUAAUUUUACACUUUGACCCACGAAAGACCGCCGAACCUUUGUAAGCCUGAAUCUGUUCAAACAAAGUUUGUGCUUAUUUCUAGUAUUUAUACUAUUUACUUCGUUUAAUUUUUUAUAUAAAUGUAAAUUUGAUUUGACAAAAAUAAGCACAUCAAAGAUAUACUGAGAUACAACAGUGAGGAUGUUAAUUGAUUUGAAGAGUUCUUGAAGAGAAUCUCGAGGUUUUAAUCCUUAAUAAAACGAAUAGCUCUUUUCUGUAAUACAAAAUUUUUUCCUAUCUCAGCUGCAUUACCCCAAACUAAUAGUCCGUAGGACAUAAUGCUAUGAAAGUAGCUGAAAUACACAAGUUUAGCUGUAUCUAUGUUCGUACACUGUCUGAUCCUUCUCACUGCAAAAGCUGCCGUACUAAGUUUUUUGGCCGUGAUUUCAAUAUGUUUCCACUUUAAUUUGUCGUCAACAGUGAUGCCCAGGAACUUAGUACUAUGUACCCAUUCUAGAGCUUUACCAUUUACUGUUAAAGGUAUAACAUUGUGCGAGUUAUUUAAGAGAGAGAAUUUAAUACAUUUUGUCUUCUCUGUAUUUAGAGCUAAGUUGUUGGUUGUAAACCAGUUAAGCACUACUGACAUGCUAUUACUUAUAAAGUUAUAGUUUUCACUUUUUCUAUCGACUCUAAAUAAUAAAGAUGUAUCGUCUGCAAAUAGAACUACUUCGCAUAAAUGUUGGGCAAGGCAUGGGAGGUCAUUAAUAUAAACCAAAAAUAAAAAAGGAUCGAUAAUGGAGUCUUGAGGUACGCCUGUGUGAACAGGUGCACUAUCGGAACUUGUUUUGUUAAUUUCUACUCUCUGUGUUCUAUUAUCUAGGUAAGACGAAAGAACACUAAGAGCCGCGCCAGUGACACCAUAAUGUUGAAGUUUAUUUUUGAGUAUAUUAUGAUCUACACAGUCAAAAGCUUUCGAUAAGUCACAGAAAAUACCUACGACAUCUUGCUUGGAUUCUCAAGCUUCAUUAAUUAUUUCGACUAAAGUGGCUGCUGCAUCAGUAGUUGAACUACCUUUGGUGAAACCGUAUUGACGAUUAUGUAAAAUUUUAUUUAUAUUAAAAUACGAUACUUAUACUAAAAUAUUAAUAUACUAAUAUAUAUAAUAAUCUGGUGUAAUUGUCUGAAUGUAAAAGUGGACUUAGGAUCCUGAGCAUUUCUUUUUAAUAGGUCAUCUGCCGCAUUGGAGCAAGAGGAAAGGGAAUUACUAUAUAACCUAGUUUUAGGAAUAAACCUUGUCUGCAAACAAGGGGAAACCUCUGGCUUCUCUAGUUCAACAAAUGAAUAAGACUUCUUUCUAGUUUCUAACGACAAUAUAUUUUAUUUAGUGUUUCAAUGGGUAAUGGCUGAGAAACCGAGAAUAGCUGUAAAGCGGAACAAUCAGUUUUGUAAAACAGACCUAAAUGUGCUAGUUUCAAGAAACUGUACGAACACGUUUGUAAUAAAGUCGGAGUUGCAAGGCGCAUCAAAAACUUGACAGAGGACAUAAACCUGUGCUAGAGAGACGUAAAAAAUUUCAAAUAAGGUAUAAGCGACCUUUGCUUUGAGUUUUAUUCCACGUUAUCUGUGUCAGUAAGUUUACAGCUAGACAAAAGUUUUAAAUUACUUAAUUACAAAUACGACAUGAUAUUCCUGCAGGACUACCAUACCUGAGUGCCCGAGAUCCACUGUCGGGUCAGGAUGGAUUAUCUUUUUUAUUAUUAUUACAGAAUAUAGUGGUGGUAUCAUAAUUAUUGAUAUUGAUAAAUGCAUACAUUUUUUUAACAAAAACGUAUAUUUCUACCUAGUAUCCCAUAAUACAAGUCUCGAACUUAUGAAUCAAAAUUUAAAAAAUCAAUUUUAUUGAUUAAAGAACAGCCAAUUCACACGAAACAUUUUUAAUUGUCAAAAUUAAGAAUAAUACAAUAUUAUAAAAAACACGUUUGUAACUGAUACGACUUCGAAAUCAAAUUUCUAAAACCCAUCUUUUUUAGUAGUUGGGUAGCACAAACUACAUUGUUACAGAGCUUAUGAGUGCUUGCUAUAAUGUAGUCUUCUAAAGUUUUCCCAUCCUGUUUGUGUUCCUAUUAUCUUACAAGUUUUGCAGCAAAAAUAAACUUGAAACAAUCUCAUCGCAAGUGAUUACCUUCAUCCGUUUUUAUAUUGGGUACAAGUCUAUAUAGUUUUGAUUGGUAUAGGGUAGGGUAUGUGUUGAAUACAAAAGUGAGAAAAGAUAUUUCGCCUAGAGUUCAGUGAGACUGGAAUUAUAAAAAAAUAUAUUUAAACAUGUUCUGCCACUAAUAUGAUCAAAAAACUUUGCGUAAUUAUUUUUAUCGAUAUUCGAUGAACAAAUGUAUAUGUUAGAAGGAAUUAUGAAGAAUUUUUUUAAUGACUAGAUUGGUGAUGGCGAAUGAAAUAGUGUACAAAUAUUACAAUUUCUCUGAGAUAUAAUGUUUAUAUAAACUUUCAUCUCCCCAUUGUAGUCAUUUCGGGGGUUGAUUUUAGCCAUGUUUGUCUUUAACUAUAUGCAUAUGAAAUUUCAUCAAAAUCGGUCCAGCAGUUUCGCCGUGAAAGUGGAACAGACAGACUUUCGCAUGUAUAAAAUUAGUAUGGAUUAUUAUUAAAUAAGGUCUUGUAGAGCCUUAUAUCUACUUAAUCAGUGUUUUAAACUUUUUGUAAUUGUAAAUAAUAAGAUAUAUAUUACAUAAUUAGGUAUUAUGUACGAGUCUUUGUAUAUAAAAAUGUAUAUAUUUCAGUAUAAAAUAACUGAAUAAAUAAAAGCCUAGGUACUGAAUAAUAUUGCAUGUAUCACGUAUAUUUUUAUAUCUGCAGCUGUAACUGGAUAUAAUUGAAAGGACAAAAAAAUAAUGUUAUCGAACGUCAAUUUUAUAUUCCUUGAUGUUUAUAUCUCGAAAAUUGUGAAGAUGUUUUAUUAAAGAUUUUGAUAUUAGAUUUUGAUUUAAAGAUUAAUGAUUUUGAUUUUAAGAUUUUGAUAUUAGAUUUUGAUUUAAAGGCAAUGAAUAAAUAAAUGUUGUGUGGCGUGUGGUUCCGCCCUAGGACCACUCCAUAUCCUCUCGUGGAUUUCGUACGAGGCGACCAAGGAACACACAGGCUAGGCAGCUUAUAGCCAACAAUAGCAUUCCCUAGGAGGGUUGACGACUGGCAGGCGGUAGGUUGUAAUAUCACAGACAAAUUUUCAACAUUUAAGUUUUUUUUACGCUAAUACCUGGCUUCGCAGCUUUACAACCCCACCGGGAAUAAGCAGAGAUAAGAGAGACAAUAGUUCAAUGUUACAUAAAACAAGUUAGAAUAAAAAAUACUAACCUAUAAAAGGUAAGUUAAUGAAUAUUCUUUCUUAAUUUUGUGCUAACUACCUCGGUGACGCGAUGCCACGCCGCGCCGCCGCUCCGGCCUGCGCAGUAGGAAACUUUUGAUUACUGCGAAAUAAUUAUAUCUAACUAAUUCGUAACUUCGUUAUUUUUCUGUACAUAUUUCUAAUGUAGUAAUUUUGUAAUGUGAGACUGGAAAGUGUCUUCUAAUGUUGGUAAAUGUUAUUAAAUGUGUAAAAGAAUUGUGAUUUAAAGAUUAUAAGCAAACAUAUAGUGCUAGUGACGUCAUAUGAGUGCUGUGAUUGUGUGAUAAAUAAGUGAUAUUAUUUGUAAUGAAUGAUAUAUACUGGGUGUUAGGGUAAACACCGCUGUUACUUCAAUCACUAAUGCUGAACCGUAAAGUAUAACCGCAAAGUAACUAAUAUUUAAUUCGUUUUUAUAAUUCGUUCGUGGUCAGGUAUUUGGCCCUACUAGUGAUAUUCUCUCUCUCUCUCUCUCAUCAAGCAUUUUUCCGGUUACUUUCGCAGCCGUUGAGCGUCGGAGCCCAAGGUGCGCUUUCAUACUUUUUCGUCGCCAUUUCGCACGGUCGUCGGCAUCCCUAGUUAUCAGACAAUUUGACACCAUCGCAUGUCAUCUUUGACGACAUUGAUAUAACCUCUGAAUUCAUUAAUCUAUGUUUACCCUAAAAUUCUGUAUUUAUGUAAUUAAUAGUCUAAGUAUAAAGUAUGACGUAACUAGCAGGUUAUUUGAAUUACUGUCAAUUUUAAAUCUCAAUUAUUUAUGAUGUCUGGUAGUAAACAACUCGUUAAAUAUCCAUUCAGUCUGUGGGAACGAAUAGUGAGACCAGUCAAAGCGAAAACAUGUGAAUUUAUUUACUGCCCGUCUGUACAACUAUGUACAUUUAUUUUCAAAAUGUCUAUAGAAUGUAUUCGCAAGAAGCGAGUUUCAUCAAAAUCCGAGAUACGAAGCGAUACUAAUUUUAUAAUUAAAUGUCAAUAAGCUUUUUGUGGUAGGUGAAAAUUAAACAAGAUAAAUAAGAUAAUUUUACCGUCUGCUAACGAAUGAGAAAAAUAAGUUUGUAAAUAAAUUCGAUUUUGUUUUGUAAAUUCAUUAUUAAUAUAGAUCAACACUUUGUGUGUCAUUAAAUAGAACAAAGAGAUACCUAACACAAAAAUAAAACAUUUGUAUAGAUUAGAUGUACCUUAAGUCACAGAGCACGGUUUCUGCGCUCGUGAUGUAAGUUGGGAAAAAUAGUAAUCAUCAAAUCAAAUAGGAAUCAAAAUCCUAAACGUUAGGGGCCGCCCAUUAGUCAAGUGAUGUUUUUAGCAUUUUUAACCUUCACCUCCCCUACCCUACCCAAACAAUCCUACGUGUAUUUUUAGUACCAACAAAUAACUUUAAUAUCUUUUAAUAAAAUAUUUUGACGAAAAAAUUUAUACACGUGAUAUCUUGCACAGUUACACCACACCCCCUCUCGCCCUAGUACUAGUUGGUGAUUUUUGCUAAAACCCCUCCCCCCUUCAAGCCUCACGUGAUUAAUGGACGACCCCUUAGUAAGUAAGUAAUUAAGAAAAUAAUAUUUUGUAAGAAAUAAUGAUGUAAGUUUUGUUUAGAAAAAUUCUGAUUGAAAUAGAUCCGCGUACAUGUGGAAGUCCCUUUUUAAUUUCGAAUGCUGAAUUUACUGAACCAGGUGUUGUAUUAUCCAUCUCGGAUCUUAUUGUAUAUCUUGCGUCACCUUAUCUCCGAUAUAAAAAGUAAUACUAUGUAAAUUUAUGAAUAAAUGUGUUGAUGUUAAAAAAA